UAAUAUUUCAUAAGCAAUAAAACAUUUGAUUGAUUUGAAAAUGUCUAAUAAGUUAAUUGUUUUAGUUAUAAGUUUGUUAUCUAUUGAUCAAAUCAACACAAGUUUACCUUUUUGUGUGUUAAAUUGCAAAUGUGAGAGCACCUGGGUCAAUUGCAGUCAUACAAAUAUAAUUAAAGUGCCAGUUAUUGCCGCACAAACCAAUGUUUGGGAUUUAAGUUUUAAUCAAAUUAUAAAUUUAAAUGAUAACACUUUCAGACAUCUUUCACUUUUAAACACUUUGUUUUUAAAUGAUAACCAAAUUGAAAAACUUCAAAAUCGUUUGUUUGCAGGACUCGCACGACUCACACAAUUAUAUUUAAAUAAUAAUGAAAUUAUAAUUUUAGAAGAUUAUAGUUUCAGAAACUUACAUAAUUUACAGGAACUCUAUUUAAAUGAUAAUAAAAUACAAACACUUUCUGAUCAAAUAUUUUCAGAUCUGCCAUCCAUUCAAAAAAUACAUCUCCAAAACAAUAAAAUUGUUUAUAUAUUUGAAAUUAUAUUUAAAAAUAACAACAAUUUGAAUGAAUUAAGUCUAGAGAAUAAUCGUUUAGUAUGUGAUUGCAAACACUUUUGGUUUAAGACAACAAAAAUAUCACAAUUGAAAACAUCGUGUGAUUUACCGAUUCAUUUAAGAGAUAAAUCUGUAUCUGAAAUAUCUGAAAAUGAGUUUCAAUGCAAAAAAUCAGAAAAUAGAUCUAAAAAUACUCAAGGAUACUAUAGAUUUGCCCCAGUUUUUAUAGAAACACCCGAAUCAUUGAUUGAAGUGGAAACGGGUGAAGACAUACAAUUGAAAUGCUUAGCUAAAGGUUUUCCAGAACCGCACAUCAAAUGGACUCAUAAAAAGAAAUUGAAUAUAAUAUAUGACAAUAAAAUAUUAGUUAUUAAACACAUUAAACCAUUAGAUGAAGGCAUUUAUGAAUGCAAAGCAAAUAAUAGUUUAGGAAUUGCUGUCAAAGAAGUAAAAAUAAUGGUUAGGGGAGGACUUCUUCAGUUAAAUGACACUAAUAUUGAUGACAAUGAAAUUUAUGAGUCAUUUAAAGAAGCCAAGGAAAUUGUAGAUCAAGCUAUUAAUUGGACAUUAAAUGCAAUUAGAAAUAAAACUUUAAAAUAUGAGAAAAUAUCAAAAUUAAUGUCAAUCGCAAGAUAUCCACUCUCUCCAGAAUCCAUUGAAUUUGCAAAAUCUGUUGAAAUAUAUGAGAAGACACUUGAAAUCAUCAAAAGAAAAGUCGAAGCGAAGACAUUAUUGCCAUCAAUUGAUUACAAAUAUGAAAAUGUUUUGACACCAAAUCAACUGAAUAUUUUGGCACAUCUUUCCGGUUGUCUUAUAAGUCAUCGUCUUUACAAUUCUUUUGAUUCAAAGAUAUGCGAAAAUUGUGUUUAUAAAAAAUAUCGCACUUAUAAUGGCAUUUGUAAUAACUUAGAUAACUAUAUGUGGGGCUCAUCUCUCACACCUUUCCAACGACUUCUUCCUCCACAAUAUGAAGAUGGCAUUCAUUUACCUAUUGGUUGGUUUAGUGAUAAAAAAUAUGGAGAUUUUAGAAAACCAAACGCCCGCUUAAUUAGUCAACGAAUACUAAGUACAGGAAUGACCACCGAUGAUGACUAUCACUCACAUAUGUUGAUGCAAUUCGGACAAUUCAUUGACCACGACAUUGACUUUGCAAUGCCAUCAAUUAGUUUCAAUACUUUCAGUAGAGAACUCAUUGAUUGUAGUAAAACUUGUUCCCCAAUCCAUCCGUGCUUUUCAAUUGAAAUACCAAAAGAUGACAUUAGAAGAAAUUUAACAAAUAAAAGACAAAGAUUUAGUCAAAAACCACAACAAAAGUGUAUUGAAUUGAUUCGGUCGAGUGCCACGUGUGGCAGUGGAUUAACUUCUGUAGCGAUGGGAGCUUUAAUGCCACGCGAACAGGUCAACCAAUUGACUUCAUUUAUUGAUGCGUCCAAUGUUUAUGGCAGUACAUCCAGUCUCGCUAAUCAUUUAAGAGAUAAAAAUCCGAGAGAUUUAGGACUAAUGAAAAAUUUAAUAAUAAAUGGUAAACAAUAUUUGCCAUCAAAUGAGGCCCGACUUCCCAAUGACUGUCAACAGGAUCCGAGACGAUCUGAUUUCGGAUGCUUUUUGGCCGGAGAUGUCAGAGCUAAUGAACAGUUGGGUCUCUUAUCAAUGCAUACUCUGUGGCUAAGAGAACACAAUCGCAUCGCUAAAAGAUUAUCACAAAUUAACAAACAUUGGAGUGGAGAACAAAUAUAUCAAGAAUCGCGAAAAAUUGUUGGAUCAGAAAUGCAGUUUAUUACUUAUUAUCAUUGGUUACCACAUAUCUUAGGACAUCAGGGAACAUCAAAUUUGGGGAAAUAUAAAGAUUAUAAUAAACAUAUGAAUCCAUCGGUGGCUAAUGUAUUUGCAACGGCGGCUCUUAGAUUUGGUCACACUUUGAUAAAUCCAAUCCUUUUACGACUCAACGAGACUUAUCAACCAAUAACUCAAUUUGAAAGUCAUUUGUCACUUCAUAAAGCGUUUUUUGCCCCUCAAAGACUUGUUGAAGAAGGAGGUAUUGAUCCAUUAAUUAGAGGAUUAUUGUUUGCGCCAUCAAAGAGACCAAAAUCAGAUCAAAUUAUGAACAAUCAAUUGACUGAACACUUAUUUGAAUUGGCCAGAGAUGUGGCACUAGAUUUGGGAGCAAUUAAUAUACAAAGAGGCAGAGAUCAUGGUUUACCCUCUUAUAAUGAUUGGAGAAAAUACUGUAAUUUAAGUCUUGCCAAUACUUUUGAUGAUUUAAAAAAUGAAAUUAAAAAUCAAAAUAUUAGAUUAAAAUUAAAGCAAAUUUAUGGAAAUCCUAAUAACAUCGAUCUUUGGGUGGGAGCUGUCUCUGAGGAUAUCCUCGAAUCAGCAAAAGUUGGUCCAACUUUCCACUGCUUAUUAGUGGAACAAUUUAGAAGACUUCGAGAUGGAGACCGCUUUUAUUUUGAGAACUCUAAUGUCUUGACAACAGAACAAAUGAUUGAAAUAAAGAAGACAUCUCUGGCAAGGAUUAUAUGUGACAAUUCAGACAAUAUCACUGCAAUCACUAGCGAUGUCUUUAUACAACCAAAACAUCAAACGUGGAUCAAUUGCCAAGACUUGCCAUUAAUUGAUCUCAACAAAUGGCAGAACAGUCAUACUUCAAGCAAUACUUGUAACCGAGAUAACAGUCAAGAUGUAGAUAUACCACAACAGUUGAUCAAUCAAUCAAUCAAUUAAAUAAUAGU